AUGAUUCCGGAAAUACUGAUCGAUAAGGUGCUAGAUAAAGCGCGAGAGACUGCGUCGCAUAGCUGGGAGUAUGGAACGGUGUUCGAAGCAAUCCUUGAAUACAGAAGUCGUCAAUUUACCGUUUUCCAUGACCCAUUUCCAGGCGGUGAGAUACCAGUGUUGAGGGUCGAGGAUGUAGAAGCACUGCAAUAUGUGAAACCGUUCAUACGUACUGACAGCCAGAGACUGUGUGAAGGAAAUGGCUCAUCGUCCGAUCCGACAUCCCUCUGCAUCCCUACUCUACUCCUUUCCAGAUCAGUAACCCUCCCCGUGCCUGAUAACCUAUAUCUCUCCGCAGUAAGCCGUCAACUGCACGACCUGCUUUCGACUACGCCGAGAUUCUCCAAUGACGCGAUAUCACACCGCGAUGCGUACCCUUCCUUGUGGGCCGACUUUAUCUAUAUGGUGCCACCGGCCCUCGCCUAUAACGGCACGUUCACAGCAGAUAUAGACAUGGUGAAGGAGAGUGUCCGCCAAUGUGAGCUAUACCGCGAAGUUCUCGGUACGCGAAAGGGAUAUUGGCAACACAUAGCCAAUGAUGCGGGCGUACGCAAUGUGAAGAGUGACGGUGGUGCAUGGUGUACAAGUAAUGCCUGGGCCGCAGCUGGAAUGGCAAGGGUACUGGCCACCUUACGGAAAUCUCAAUAUGUGUCUGAAACCGAGGAAGAGCAGAAUGUCUUACUGCAGAUGACCAAAGGAAUUCUCGAUGGCGCCAUGGAAGCUGAUACCGAUACAAUGGGCUUGCUGCGCAACUAUCUCGAUGAUGAGACCUGGUUUGCAGAGGUCGCUGGCACAGCGUUGAUGGCUGCUACAGCUUUUAGAAUGGCCGUCCUUGAGCCUGGCCUUUUCGGAAAACGGUAUACGGAUUGGGCAAUAACGAAGCUAGAAGCUGUUAGCCGUCAUAUAGACGAAGAGACUGGUAUUGUAGCACCGGUUGUCAAUUCUCUCAAUGAAGGUCAGAGGACGCCACUGGAAGGCGUCAACCCUGAGGGACAGGCUUUCGUCGUGUUACUGUAUGCUGCAUGGAGAGAUUGGAAUAUCGCAACCGGCGCUGCACCAAAUCUGGCUGUGGCCUCAGAAAGCCUUUGUAUACAGUAG